UAAGGGGUUUUCUUCUUAUGCGUUUGCAAUGAAUUCUCAUAAUUAUAAUUUUUAUCCGAUAUAAUUGAUCAAGGACAUUCGAAAGAUAAAGAUCUUUCAUACGAGAUAAGAAUGCCGGAUUUUUGAAAAAUAUUAUAUUAGUUUCUUUGCAAAAGUCAUGUCUAAAAACAGAUAAUUCUCCAGAGUAAUUUUCAUGCAAAUAAAAAUUUGUUUCAAAAAUCGGACAUCCUUAUUUCGUUUUUUAACAGUUUAUCAAGGCGCCGUGGUGUUACUUCGUCACGUUUGUGUUAAAACGAUUGAAGCUCAUUUCCCCACUACACACCUACAUGGAUAUGGAUCUGUUGCUUUAUACAAAGCGCCCCCAUGAAAACUGUACUAAUUUUCAAGUGGCAAACGCGCUUAACCACUAUCUUCAGCAAAUGUUUUCUUCCUUUGCUAGCUCUGCUGACCCGCUGGCCUCUACUGACAGAGAACCGGCAAAAUGGACGGUAUCGCAUUGAACGCGUCAGAUCAUGUCUUAGAAGUGAUUUUCUCUUAUCUAGACUUACACACGUUAAGAAACUGUGCAUUGGUAUGUAAGAGGUGGUAUAGAUUCUUAAGGGAUGAAAAUAACGAUGUAUGGAGAAUGCAUUGUAUUAGAACGUUAGCUCAAGAAGCACUUAGUUCUGAUUUAUUAUCAUCGGUACCCACUUACAAAGCGAAGCUUCGAGCAUUUUAUCAUGCUUGGAAUCCAAAUGAUUGUUCGCGUAAUGUUUAUAUCAAGCCAAAUGGAUUUACUUUACACAGGAAUCCUGUUGCACAAAGCACAGAUGCUUGUAGAGGUAAAAUAGGUUUUCGACAUGGACGUCAUGCAUGGGAAGUGAUAUGGGAAGGACCAUUAGGUACAGUAGCUGUUGUAGGUAUAGCUACAAAAGAGGCACCUUUGUUAUGUCAUGGAUAUGUAGCUCUGCUUGGUUCUGAUGAACAUUCUUGGGGAUGGAAUCUUGUUGACAAUCAUUUAUUACAUAAUGGAGAUGCACAAGGCAGUUAUCCAUUACUUAAUAAUGCUCCAACAUACCAGAUAGGAGAGAAAAUCAGAGUCAUACUAGACUGUGAUGACAACACAUUGUCAUUCGAGAAGAAUUAUGAAUUUCUAGGUGUAGCUUUUAGAGGUGAUUUUUUUGUUACUAUUUCUAAUAAUUCGAUUAAUCAUUUAGCACUUUCUUACACAACAUUCUAUAUUUAUUAUCAAUUAAUCAGCAUCAGAAUUCAUUUUACAACUAACUGUACAGGGUUACCAGAUAAAAGGUUAUAUCCAUCGGUUUCUGCAGUAUAUGGAAAUUCAGAAAUAUCAAUGGUGUACAUAGGGCCACCUCUCGAUGGCUAACGUUUUACUUCCAACAAAAAAAUAUAUUUGAAUACUUAUCCGAAACUACAUUCUGCAGUUUGCUGCAGAGCUUGUGGCAUCUUAUAUCGACGUAUCUACGUUUCAGUAGAUUUAGCACACUAAAAGAUAUGAUUCUCUUAUUAGAGAAUGUGUGCCUAUUAAAUUACAUGGUUGGUAAUAUUGUAAAUAGUUAGUUCUAUUAUAUUUAAGAUGGAGUGUUAUAAAUCGCACAACAUCAUUAAAUUAUUUAAAUUUUGCUUUUAUCAGAUCCACUUUGAGAUCAUAUAAUGAUCAUGAAAUAGGAUAAAAGUAUUUUUAUGAACUCCAACCAUAUAAUUUUAAUAUUAUACUGGAACUAUACAUAGAAUUUUUUAUCUUAUUUUGGCCAGUUCAUAAGUAUAAGAACAAAAUUGACUAUUUAACUGAUUAACAAUUGGUUUAAAUUUUCAAAUUAAAAAGUUCUUUUGAUAUUAAAUUAUUUGUUAAGAAAAAUUAAUCACAUGGCAUAAUCACUAGUUAAUUUAAAUUUGAUAAAUGAAUUUAAAAAUCUUUCAACUUUUUAUAUUUGCAUAUGGUCAACGUAUAUUGAAGAUAGAGAGAUUAUAUUUAUCUAAUUUUAUUUAAAUUUAUUUUAGAGCUAAAAUUUCAUAUAUUAAAUUUUUAAUUCACUUUCAGAAUUUUGCAUAUUUUGACUUUACUUUCUUUUCUUUUUCUGUCUAUUUAUUAUAUUGAUUUUAUAUAUUUAAUUAGUUUCUCUUAAUUAUUUAGGAUAUAUAUCUAUUUUAUAUAUUUUAUCAGUAUUAUUUACUUGUUGAAUAUUUAGUGCAAAUAUUGCAACUGAUGCAAUUUAUAAUUCUUCAAUCAAACAGUCUGAACUUGAUGUAUAUACUUAAUAUUUUUGUUUUUCAUGAUAUAGUUAUGACAAUAUAAUUUACUUACACAACUUUGAUUAAAAAAUUUAAGUUUACUUAAUAUUAUAAUUUAAUUUAUUUUAUUUAUUUCUUUUUAGUUGUAAUUAUAAUAUGGAUGUUAUCUGAUACACUAGUCAUUACCCAAGGAAUGUGUUCUACUAUUUGACUGUAUGCAAGUAUUGCAAUAGUAUGAAAAAUUUUAUAAUAGUUCGCGAAAAUAAAAUUGAAUGAAACACACUGUUAAAAAGGAUGAAUCUUUUGAAAGAUUCUUUAACUUAUAUAAAUUCAGGGUCUUUGUAUGUUUAUAAAAUUAUACAUUAAAAGUAUCUCUUGUAGUUCUUAUGGCCUGUAAACUAAUUGUAUAUACGCAUACAUGCAUAUACAUCAUACAAAAAAUAUGAGAUUUACAUAAGAACAUAUUUUCCGCAAAGUGUGUUAAUGUGUCCAAACUAGGAUGUAUGUGAAUUUUGUGAACACAUAUAAAUAACAUUAAUCCCAAUUAAUAUUUAUUAAGUAUUAUAAAAUAAGUUUAAGCACCAUCACAGUUGGCCCUAUCUCUUUACAUAAUCGUUACUUUCAAUAUAUGUGUAUUCCAUUUUAUAGUAACCAUCAUUUAUGUCGUUAUACAAUCUUAGAAUAUUUUCACAAUUUAAUAUAGUACAAUCCGAUAAAAAUGAAAGCAAGGACUAAGUCUGUUAUAAAAAAGAUAUUCUGCAAUGAUCUACGCAAUUACAUUAUUAAGAUGUUCAUUGAUGUAGUAUUUAUUUCUAUUUCAUUAUUUAAUUAAUUUUAUUCAUAUUUAAGUUCAUAUAGUAUUAUCAUAAAUGAGUAUUAGAAUAUAAUACAAAGUUAUAUUUAAAUUUAUUUUCGAAGUUUAUCCUUAGAUCUCUAUUAAUUUAUAAGACAAACGUAAUCCUUGAUACUUUUGAGUUUCUAUAAAAUACUCUAGAAUGAAUGAUUACAUAAUUAAAGAAAUAGUGUUAAUAGAUUGGAUUACAUGAACAGAUUGUGAAUGUAAUAAUGCUUACUGUGCAUAGCAAGAUAUUAAUAAGUUCACUCCUCUACCUCAGCAACUAUACAUGAUUUUGGACUAAGUCAUUAAAUUGUAUUAUAUUAUUUUAAUUAUUUUGUUCAUACUAUCAAUUAGAAAUAAACAACAUAAAAUCCAUUUUAACAUAAUGUAAAUAUGAUGUAUAAAAUUUUGUACCACUAUUGUGGUAAAAUGCACAAGAAUAUUUCACAUCUGAAAAAAGAUUCUAAUAUGCUUUUAGCAUCUACAUUGUAAAAAUUCUUGUAUUAAAUACAUACAUGAUAUGUACAUCACAAACUAUUUGUCUCUGUUAAGUAUUCAUGAAAUAAUGCUGUUUUAUUAUGAGAUUUAAUACUAGCAUCUAAUUUAGUAGAAAGUACUUGUAGAAAUUAUUGUAGGUAAAUUAUUUAUAAUAUAAAUAUAUAUAUAUAUAUAUAUAUAUAUAUAUAUAUAUUAUGAUCAUGACAUUAAUUGAGUGUAGUCAGAAUUAGUUUUUCUAAACUUUUGUACAAAAAUAUGUACAGCACAAGUGUGUGUAUAUAUAUAUAUAUAUAUAUAUAUAUAUAUAUAUAUAUAUAUAUAUAUAUGUAUGUA